GCUAGCUAUAUAACGAAACCCAUACUCAGUCCUCAUUACCGAUCACAAAGAAGAUAAAGCUAAGCCUUUCACCACCGCGUCACACUGUACUUAGAGUUUCCAUGGCGUCAAGAAGAGUUUCCUCGCUCCUCUCUCGCUCCCUCGUGUCCUCUCUUAGAGGGAAAGGCCCUCUCGUGAACAGAGGAGCUCGCAGACACAGCAACCUCGCUUCAGCUCUGGAAGACACCAUCUCUCCACCUGUGAAAGUCCAGCACACUCAGCUCCUACUCAACGGAAAAUUCGUUGAUUCUGCCUCAGGAAAGACUUUCCCUACAUUGGAUCCAAGAACCGGAGAAGUGAUCGCUCAGGUGGCUGAGGGUGAUGUAGAAGACGUGAACCGUGCGGUUGUAGCCGCCCGCAAGGCCUUUGACCAGGGUCCAUGGCCUAGAAUGACUGCUUAUGAGAGGUCGAAGAUUCUGUUUCGUUUCGCUGACUUGAUCGAGAAACACAACGACGAGAUCGCUGCUCUCGAGACUUGGGACAACGGGAAGCCUUAUGAACAGUCUGCCAAGAUCGAAGUUCCUAUGCUUGCUCGGGUGUUCCGUUACUACGCUGGUUGGGCAGACAAGAUCCAUGGAAUGACGGUUCCAGGAGACGGUUCACACCAUGUGCAGACGCUCCACGAACCGAUUGGAGUCGCUGGACAGAUCAUCCCUUGGAACUUCCCUCUCCUCAUGCUCUCGUGGAAACUUGGACCAGCUUUAGCUUGCGGUAACACCGUUGUCCUCAAGACCGCUGAGCAAACUCCCCUCUCUGCUCUUCUUGUUGGAAGACUACUUCACGAGGCUGGACUUCCCGAAGGAGUUGUGAAUAUAGUUUCUGGAUUUGGUCCUACAGCUGGUGCAGCCAUAGCUAGUCACAUGGACAUUGAUAAGGUUGCUUUCACAGGGUCUACUGAUGUUGGAAAGAUUGUUCUGGAGCUGGCUUCAAAAAGUAACCUCAAGGCAGUGACUCUUGAGCUUGGAGGCAAGUCACCGUUCAUUGUGUGUGAAGAUGCUGAUGUGGAUCAGGCCGUUGAGCUUGCUCAUUUCGCUUUGUUCUUUAACCAGGGACAAUGCUGCUGUGCUGGCUCGCGUACGUUUGUACACGAACGCGUGUACGAUGAGUUUGUAGAGAAAGCUAAAGCUCGUGCAAUCAACCGAGCUGUUGGAGAUCCCUUCAAGUCAGGCAUCGAGCAAGGUCCCCAGGUGGACUCAGAGCAGUUCGAGAAAAUCCUGAAGUACAUUAGACAUGGAGUUGAUAGUGGAGCCACCUUACAAGCUGGUGGUGAUCGUCAUGGUUCCAAGGGUUACUACAUUCAACCCACUGUCUUCUCUGACGUCAAGGACGACAUGCUCAUAGCUAAAGACGAGAUUUUCGGACCAGUUCAAACCAUACUAAAGUUCAAGGAUCUGGAUGAGGUGAUUGCAAGGGCGAACAACUCAAGGUACGGUUUAGCUGCAGGAGUGUUCACACAGAAUCUGGACACAGCGAAUAGGUUGAUGAGAGCACUCAGGGUUGGAAGCGUUUGGAUAAACUGUUUCGAUGUGUUUGAUGCCACGAUCCCGUUCGGAGGGUAUAAGAUGAGUGGCAUUGGAAGAGAGAAAGGUAUCUACAGUCUCAACAAUUACUUGCAAGUCAAGGCUGUUGUCACUUCCAUCAAGAACCCCGCUUGGCUCUAAAAAGGUUUCUCUCUCCCUUAUAUGCCUAAUAAUGGUGAAAACCUUUGAGUUGUACCAUCUCUAGGUUUUCUAGAUUAUGAUGAUAAAUUUUACCACAUUGUGUGAUGUAUGAAACGUUUCUUGAUAUUGGGAAGUAACCACUAUUUUUAAACUUGAAUAAAAAAACAAUAGAAUCAAUGGAUCAUUAUUUA